UAUAUAUAUAUAUAUAUACACACACGCCUGCCAUAGCCAAAUCGAAGAGUUGACUUGAUGAGUACUAUUCUACAAACUAAAACAUCCAAGUUGUUCUUAAAAUGUCUAGCAAAAUGCCUGAUGCAAUCUCACAUUCUUGCUGCUAUAAAAAUGCUGCUGCUGCUAUUGCGAGAAAUAGCAUACUCAACCCAUAACCCUCUUUAAUUCAAAGAAAAUGGCUCAUCAUCAUCUUCUUCUUCAUCUCUUCUUGGUAGCACUGUCGCUGCUAACUGUACAGAACAGUACUGCGACCUCCUUGCAGCCCAACAAUCAUCCAGCAUCGUCGACAUGCAAAGGGAAGCUGCGCAUUUGCAAGAACACGGAACCAGCAGCAACAGCUGUAAGCAUCAUCGAGGACGACGGCGGCUCGGGUCAAGAAGCUGGCCAGAGAAGAAAGUUGCUACAGAAGAUAGGAACAGUGCCGCCAGUGGUGGGCUCGGAUAUUGGUGGGAAAGGAAACGUUGGCAAGGUUCCUGGGGCAGGAUCCACUGGAGGAAAAACCAGUGGUAAAAAGGAUAAAAAGAACAAGGGGAAGAAGGGGAAGAAGCAGUAAGCCGGGUAAGGAUCUCGAGUGACAAAGUUGCUAGUUUGGUGAACGACAUUUGAUGUAACAGUUAUGUCUGCUCGGUAGAUUUGGCGAUGGAUUUGGAUUUAUUAUAGAAUUUGUCAAAAUUCCAUUAUUUGUUUUAUGCAUUUUGUGGCAACACAUCCGUGGGCCUCAUGGACUUUAAGGGUCCAAAUUCGUGGGUCCCAUUGACUUGAAAAUUCCACCUCUUUAGGUGGGACUUGAUCAGGGACUUUAAAGUUCAUCAUUAUGACCAAACUACCCUCCUUUUAUCACACUCAUCUCAUACCAAUAAGCACAAUAUAGGUCAUUUUCACUUCAUGUACACAAAUCUAAUUAAUCAAAUCCAUUAUAAAAUCAAUGAAACAAUCCAUAGUAUUUUACAAGUCUAUAAUGAACCCAAACCGUUCGUAUAUCCAUUAUUUUACAUAACACAAAUUUUACCAAAAUCUUAUUUUUCAAAUCCAUGAAGCAAACUACCCGUUACUUUCCAACGGUAAAAUGUGAUGACAUAUAUUGGCUCUACUUAUAAAUCAUAUUAAUAAAGUUUUUAAGUUAUUAUUUAUUAGUAAAUUGUAAUAUUGGCUGUUGUGGAAAAAAAAUGUGUAAUAUUGGCUCGAUCCAUGUUUGCAUAUAUGCUGGCUGCGGUGUGUUAUGAGAUCGAGCCGAUGUAGCAUUUUCAAUAAUUAGGUUUGUGUAUCUUCAUUUAAUUAUUCGUAUUAGUAUUAUUUGGAAUUAUUUAAGGUUAAUAUUAAUUAUUUUAUUCUAGUUGUGAUUAUCUUCGAAUUUAAUUAGUGUUUCUUGUAAAGGAAGAAAGUGGAAUUCAACUAUUCAAGUAGAAAAAGGAUAAGGAUCAAGGUUGUUAAACCUAUAAUUUUUUGGACGGAUUUUUUUCAGAAAGCAUUUCGUAAAUUUUGGACGAUUUUUCGAGAGAUGUUUUUUUUUUUUUUCUGAAAGUUACAGAUCACGAAUUCGGGUCGAGACUAUUCUCUACUAUUGAUAAAGUUUAUUAAUCGUCGAUUUCGGCAAAAAUUUUCCGGAGGGCAAUUUCAUAAUUUUUUGGGUGAUUUUUCGAACAGCCAUUUUUAUUGGAUUUUGAAGGCUACAUAUCACGAAUUCAGGUUGAGGCUAUUAAUUAUACCAUUGAUAAAGUCUAGUAAUCAUCGAUUUCGAAAAAUGUUUUCCGGAUGGCAUUUUCAUAAUUUUUUGGGUGAUUUUUCGAACAGUCAUGUUCAUUGGAUUUUGAAGAUUGUUAUCACGAAUUCGGCUUGACGCUAUUUUCACAGAUGAUUAAGUCUAUUAAACAUCGAUUUAGGCUUAUUUUUUCGGGAUCAUUAUUGAUAGUUUUCAAAGUGUUACCAUCACAGAUUUCGGACGAUAUUUUCGAAAAGCAAUUUUCCUUGGAUUUUGAAUGCUACAUAUCACAGAUUUAGCCUGAAGCUGUUCUCCACCAAUAAUAUAGUCUAUUAAUCGCCAAUUUGGGCCAGUUUUUUCGGAGAGCAUUUUCGUAAAUUUUGUGCAAUUUUUCGGAAAGAUCAUUUUAUUUUGAUUUGCAAGGCUACAUAUCAUGUAUUCCGCCUUAAACUAUUCUCCACCGAUGAUAAAGUCAAUUAAGCACCAAUUUGGGCGGAGUUUUCAAUUACCACUUUUGGCACAUUCUAAAGGGAUAACAUCACAGAUUUUGGGAAAGAUCAUUUUAUUUUGAUUUGCAAGGCUACAUAUCAUGUAUUCCGCCUUAAACUAUUCUCCACCAAUGAUAAAGUCAAUUAAGCACCAAUUUGAGCGGAGUUUUCAAUUACCACUUUUGGCACAUUCUAAAGGGAUAACAUCACAGAUUUUGGGAGAUUUUUUUCAAAAGUUCAUUUUCAUUGAAUUUUGAAAGCUACAGAUCACGGAGUCGGCCUGUGACUAUUCUCCAUCAAUGAUAAAGUAUAUCAAUUGAC